CAGGAACCGACCGGACAGACAGAGAGAGAGACAGGGGGACAGAGAGACGGGAGGACAGGCAGACAGGCGGUCAGAGAGAGAGAGACAGUCAGAGAGACAGGCAGAGAGAAAGGUCUCUGGUUUUCAGCGGCGGUUUGAUUCGGGUCUUUGUGUCCCGGAGGGGCGGUGACUGAUGGAUCCACCGGCUCAUACAUGACCGGAGAUAAAGACAGAGACAGAGACAAAGACAGACAGGCAGGAGACAGACAGACAGACAGACGCUAUGACCGGAGGCACGCGCCGCUGGACCGACAGGCUCGAGCUCAGGUAGCCCAGUGCUGAGGAGACAGCUUGUCAUUGGUGGUUGCCAUGGCGCCCAGACCGUCGUCAGGGGAACUGUGGGGGCUCCAUCUGAUGCCCCCCCGCAUCCUGGUGGACUGCUGCCUCCCCAACGGGAUGAUGGUGAGCCUCGAGUGUCUCAGGGAAACUCCUCUCAUCAGCAUCAAGCAGCAGCUCUUCACUGAGGCCAGGAAGUACCCGCUGCAACACCUGCUGCAGGAGGAGUCGUGCUACAUCUUUGUGGGCGUGACCCAGGAGGCAGAGAGGGAGGAGUUUUACGACGAGACGAGGCGACUGUGCGACCUCCGACUCUUUCACCCGAUCCUGAAGGUCAUUGAGCCGCUCGGCAACCGGGAGGAGAAGAUCCUGAACCGAGAGAUAGGAUUUGCCAUCGGGAUGCCGGUCUGUGAGUUCGAGAUGAUGAAGGACCCGGAGAUCCAGGACUUCCGGCGCUCCAUACUGAGCGUGUGCAGAGAGGCCAUGGAGGAGAGGGAGGGGGGAGGGGCCCACAGCCAGGCGCUCUACGUUUACCCCCCCAACGUGGAGUCCAGCCCCCAGCUCCCCCAGCACAUCUACUGCAAGUUGGACAAAGGCAGGCUGAUUGUGACCAUCUGGGUGAUCGUGUCUCCGUCUAACUCCAAACAGAAAUACACUCUGAAGGUGAGUCACGACAGUUUACCUGAGCAGCUGAUCGCAGAGUCGAUCAGGAAGAAGAGCCGGUCGAUGCACCUGUCACCUCAACAGCUCCGCCUGUGUGUCCAGGAGUACCAGGGCCAGUACAUCCUCAAGGUGUGUGGCUGUGAUGAGUACCUGUUGGAAAAGUAUCCUCUCAGUCAGUACAAGUAUAUCCGCUCCUGUAUCACUGUGGGUCGCCUCCCUCACCUGAUGCUCGUCUCUAAAGACAGUCUCUACUCUCAGCUUCCUGCCUCAGGCUUCGUCACUCCAUCAUACAGUCGGCGGACUCCUCAGCCGUCUCCCUGUCCAGGAGGAGGUGAUGGUUCUCCUCCUCGCUCCCUCUGGGCCUUCAACACUCUGCUCAGGGUCCGACUGCUCUGCGCCACCUACGUCAACGUCAACAUCAGGGACAUUGACAAGAUCUAUGUGAGGACAGGGAUCUAUCACGGUGGAGAGCCGCUCUGUGACAACGUCAACACUCAGAGAGUCCCCUGCUCCAACCCCAGGUGGAACGAGUGGCUGACCUACGACAUCUACCUGUCUGACCUCCCUCGCUCAGCCAGACUCUGCCUGUCUAUCUGCUCUGUGAAGGGAAGGAAAGGAGCCAAGGAGGAGCACUGUCCUCUGGCCUGGGGGAACGUGAACCUCUUUGAUUAUCAGGACAUCCUGGUUUCUGGUAAAGUGGCUCUCAGUCUCUGGCCCGUCCCUCACGGACUCGAGGACCUGCUCAAUCCCAUCGGAGUCGCUGGUUCAAAUCCCAACAAGGAGACUCCCUGUGUGGAGCUGGAGUUCUCCUGGUUUAAUCAGACCGUCGUGUUUCCUGACGAGCAGCAGAUCGAAGAACACGCCAACUGGACCAUCAGCAGAGAGCUGGGCUACAACUACUGCCAUGGACUGAGCAGUCGUCUGGCCUGUGACAGCAGUGUUUCAGCAGGAGAUGCUGAGCAGCUUCGUUCUCUCUGCUCCAGAGAUCCUCUGUACGAGCUGUCGGAGCAGGAAAAGGACUUCCUCUGGAGACACAGACAUUACUGUGUGAACAUCCCAGAGUCUCUUCCUAAGCUGCUUCUGUCCGUUAAGUGGAACUCCAGAGAUGAAGUGUCUCAGAUGUACUGUCUGUUGAAGGACUGGCCUCUGAUGGAGCCGGAGUCGGCUCUGGAGUUGUUGGACUGUAACUUUCCUGACCCGAUGGUCAGAGAGUUCGCUCUGCGCUGCCUGGUCCAGGGUCUGACGGACGACAAGCUGUCGCAGUACCUGCUGCAGCUCGUACAGGUGUUGAAGUAUGAGAUGUACCUGGACAAUCCUCUGGCUCGUUUCCUCAUUAAGAAAGCUCUGACCAAUCAGAGGAUCGGACACUUCUUCUUCUGGCAUCUAAAGUCAGAGAUGCACAACAAGACGGUGUCUCGACGCUUCGGUCUGCUGCUGGAGGCUUUCUGCAGAGCCUGUGGCAUGUACCUGAAACACCUGAACAGACAGGUGGAGGCCAUGGAUAAACUGGUGAAUCUGACCGACACUCUGAAACAAGAGAAGAAAGACGAGACACAGAAAACUCAGAUGAAGUUCCUGGUUGAACACAUGUCUCGUCCAGAUUACAUGGAGGCUCUGCAGGGAUUCGUCUCUCCACUGAACCCUGUUCACCAGCUGGGAAACCUCAGGUUGGAGGAGUGCCGGAUCAUGUCCUCGGCGAAGCGCCCCCUGUGGUUGAACUGGGAGAAUCCUGACAUCAUGUCCGAACUUCUCUUCACCAACAACGAAAUCAUCUUCAAGAACGGAGACGACCUGCGUCAGGACAUGCUGACUCUGCAGAUCAUUAAGAUCAUGGAGAACAUCUGGCAGAACCAGGGCCUGGACCUGCGCAUGCUGCCGUACGGCUGCCUGUCCAUCGGAGACUGUGUGGGUCUGAUCGAGGUGGUGAAGAACAGUUUCACCAUCAUGCAGAUCCAGUGUAAAGGAGGCCUGAAGGGGGCGCUGCAGUUCAACUCCAACACCCUGCACCACUGGAUCAAAGACAAGAACCGCGGCGAGGCGUACGACCGGGCCAUCGACCUGUUCACCAGGUCGUGUGCAGGUUACUGCGUGGCCACGUUCAUCCUGGGAAUCGGAGAUCGACACAACUCCAACAUCAUGGUGAAGGAGAACGGACAGCUGUUCCACAUCGACUUUGGUCACUUCCUGGAUCACAAGAAGAAGAAGUUUGGAUACAAGAGGGAGCGAGUUCCCUUCGUCCUGACGCAGGACUUCCUCAUCGUCAUCAGUAAAGGAGUCCAGGAGUCCACCAAGACCAAGGAGUUCAUGAGGUUCCAGGAGAUGUGUUACAAAGCCUACCUGGCCAUCCGUCAGCACGCCAGCCUCUUCAUCAACCUCUUCUCCCUCCUGCUGGGCUGCGGCAUGCCCGAGCUGCAGAGCUUCGACGACAUCGCCUACCUGAGGAAGACGCUGGCCCUGGAAAAGAGCCAGCAGGAGGCGCUGGAGUAUUUCACCAAACAGAUGAACGAUGCUCAUCACGGAGGCUGGAGCACCAAGAUGGACUGGAUCUUCCACACCAUCAGACACAUGCCCAACGAGCACUGAUCUAUACUCACUGUUAGUGUAUAUAACACACUGUUAUAUACAACACACACACACACAUAUAUAUAUAUAUAUAUAUGUAUGUAUGUAUGUGUGUGUGUGUGUGUGUGUGUGUGUGUGUGUAUACAUAUAUAUAUAUGUAUAUACAGCUGUAUAUACAAAACAGUUACAUACAACACACACAGCAUCAGACAGAUGCCCAACGAGCACUGAUUUACACACAAUUAUACACAACACAUACAGUAAUAUAUAACUCUAUCACACUAUAAUUUAUAUAUACAAACACUAACACACACACACUCAUCACAUGUGUGUGUUUACUCCAAUGAUGAUGAUGAUGAGGGUGACUAAUUGUUGUAGUUUUUAGCAUGGUUGUCAUAGCAACAUGAAUCUCAGGGUCACCGGUCAGAGGGAGAGGAUGCCAAAGGCAUGCUGGGAAAAGAUGAUGAUGAUGAUGAUGAUGGAGGUGGUGAUGAUGUCAUAAAUGUCUUCCAGUCGGUGCUACAGUUAGCCUGUUAGCUCUGCUAGCUGCUCUCAAUACAGUCAGAGCUUCUUAAAAGAAAAUCUUUAUCGUAGUGUAUAUUUGAAUCAAACUUUAUUGAGAAUCAGCUGUGACAGUUUAUAAACUGAUGUUUGUUGGGAGAAUUCAAGUGAAACCAACUUUAUUGAAACCAGCAAAGUGAACACUGUGGUCACCGUGAGAGCAAUAAAACCUCCAAUAACUGAUCAAUACUUUGAUCAUGGCAAUCAGGAUUUCUGACCAAUAGGAAGGCAGAGCUGACCAGCUGUGGGCGGAGACUGAACUAACUGGUCAUUUUAAAAAAAGUAGAACACGAUCAAACAAACAGUUGAUGAACUGGAGUUUAGACUUUUAAACUGAUGAUUUUAAUUUUAGAAAUCAUCUUCAGUUUAAUUCAAUGUAACAAUUUAUGACUUUUUUUCAGGAUGUGUCUUAAUAUAUUAAUACGUAAGAAACUAAAUUCUCUUCAUCUUUCAACUUUUGAUAUUGAGCAAUUUUACCUUAAUUUAUUCUGACUUUUUCUCCUAAAACUUUACUCUUUGAAAUAUUGAUAAUGAAGUAAUGAGAAAAGAACUGAUAAUAUAGUAUCAGUUUUCUCGUAAUUCAUUGUUGUAUUUAAAAAACUUUGCAGUGUUUUCUCUUUAGAUUAUGUUUCUAUUUUCUACUUUUCCCUAAAAUCAGACGUUUCAUUUCUUAGUAGUAAAGAAUCCAUUAAGUUUAAAAAUGAUUAUUUUUCCUCCAGAUUUAAUCCUGUUGAUAUUUACAUCUGUUUAUAACAAUUUCUGCUCAGGUCAGAGGUCAAUCUAAGCCCACACCUGUCAGUAACCAUGACAACUUGUGAAGCCCCCUGCUGCAUGCUGAUCCAUUUAUUGAUUGAUGAUGUCAUCAAGUGUUCUAGUUACCAUGGUGACUGAAGUGAGCAGACGUGAUGUUUGUUUCCAUUGAUGAUUGAUUGAUGUAUUUAACAGGCAUGAAAACUGAUGUCAAGUAUUGAUUUACGAUAAUUAUUGAUCCUGAUUGAUUUUCCUCGAGGAGACUUUUUAUAAAUGUUUCUCAGACAACAUUUUUCAGGAAACUUUUUAAGUUUCAUGAUUUUUACCUGACACUGUGACGAACAAUGAAACACCACAGAGCUGACACCCACAGACAGGUUCAGCCAAUCAGAGGGCCUGUAGAGCCUCUAUACCCAUAUAUGGUGAUGAAGCUUCACUCUGACUUUUUAAACUGAACUUUAACAGGUCACCUGAGGGGCGGAGCCUGAUGGGUGACAUCACUGCAGGAUCCAGGUGUGAAUUGAUCUGUCAGUGCUCACUAACUGUGACAAAACUCUCAGUAAAAGGGAGACAGACAAAUAAAAAAACUUAAACUAUGA